CCAAAUAGUCAACGUGAUGGCAGAGCAAAUUCUACAGGAUCUGGAUGGAUUGAUAUAAAUAAUCCUUAAAACGACACUUUAUUUGAUAUACCGCAUUGGAAUGAAUGAAAGUUAUAUCAUUUCUUUCCUGUGAUUUAGAAAUUUUAAUAUAAGUUUCUGGAUUGGUUCAAUAUAUCGUGUUACAAAACUUAGUAAAAAGUGAAGGAAUGUGAUGGCAGAGAAAAUUCUACAGGAUCUAGAAAGAGCCUCGCAACUUGUUUUGGCUCCUCCAGAUGUUGUGACAUCAGAACAAAGGCAUGCCGCGGAGGCUGUCAUACUUGAGUUUCGUAAAACCAAACUUCCCUACAAUCUGUGCAAGUUCAUUCUAGAGAACAGUAAGUGUGACUAUGUCCUGUUCCAAGCAGCCACCACAAUCAAGGAGAGCGUUGUCAGAGAGUGGACUCUACUGGAGACCUCAGACAUCGAGUCACUCAGGUCCUUCCUGCUUAGAUUCAUCACCCAGCAUAUCACGUUAAAGAGCUAUGUGAGAGAGCAGAUCCUACAGACAGUGGCUGUGAUCCUGAAGCGUGGAGAAGUGGAUGUGAAAGGAGCCAGCCGAGACAACAUGUUCCAGGACGUCACCAACCUAGUCAGCAGUGGAAACGUGACUAUGCAACUAGUGGCCUGCUCCAUGCUGACUGCUCUCUUGAAUGAAUUCUCCAGCUCCAGUAGGACCAGUAACAUGGGCUUUACCUGGGAGUUCCACUCCAAGUGCAAGAAAGCUUUUGAGGAAAAUGAUUUGAAGAGAGUUUUUUUGUUUGCCUUACAAGUUCUCUAUGAGAUUGAGAGACAACCAAGUCCUUUAAGUCGAGAGACAACGGCAGUUCUAAACCGACUUCUCUCCAUCACCGAAAGUGUUCUUUGUUGGGAGUUCACGCCAAAGCUUAGCUACAGGAGGCAUGUUGGGACGUUUGAAAUGAACGAGAAUGUAUCACUGAAACCUGACGAGUCAUGGAGGCCUACUUUACUAGACACAAACAUGCUACAGUUGUUUUUCAAUAUUCACAAGAAAGUCCGCCACAACUCUGACAUGUCCCAUCAUUCCAUCACCUGUAUAUCCCAGCUGGCUUCGCUGAAUGGGAUCGUGUUUCCUGAUGACAAAGCACGUCUGGAAUACCUCAACGCUUUCAUCAGAGGCUUUCUGGAGCUGCUAACCAACAUCGACUUACAAGACUAUGAGAACCUGGGCGUGGCCAGCACCUUUAAGAACCUCAUCCUUAUGUUCCCGGUUUCCCUGUUGGAGGCCCUCCCCCGCGAACUCUUGACCUUGUUUAUAAAUCACAUGACUCGGCUUACCUGUGAUAUUGGCAAAAAUGCUGCCAUGGAAGAAGCCUUACACAGAGACGACACCCUAUACAUGGAGGCCUAUGAGAAGAUGCUGGACACCUGGAUGGACCUGGUCACUAACAUGAAGGACUUACCUGUAGAGGUCCUCUUCCCCCAGUCCCAGGAGGUGUUUAACACCUACGUACAGUGUCACAUCAGUGCCCCCGAGGGAACCAGGAUACAGAAUGGGAUGGAUGCUUACACAGACACAGAUGAAGUUGACGAGAUCGAGGAGGAUGAUCGGGACAGGUUCGCUGACCAGCUAUGUAGUAUAGGAAUUCUGGGAAGGCUGGCACCGGAGCACUGUGUUCCACUUCUGGCAAAAAUCCUUGAGAAUCGGGUCAGUAGGUUACAAGGUCACCUCCAGAGACUACAGCAGCAGACAUCAGCCAAUCAGAACUGUCAACUGGACACCACCCACCUCAACUCUCUGUAUGAGGAUUUACACUGGCUUGUCCUAAUUACCACCCAUGUGUUGACAGAGGAAUGUGAAGGAGAAACCCCCAUGAUUCCCUCUGAUAUCAUGGACUAUUCCAUUAGUCAAACCAAGAAGACUGACCUGUCCACCACCCUGAAGGUUUUGGCAUCUCCCAGUCAGAGUGUAGAGAGUAUUCCUGGCAGCGAUCACUCCACAGACCCUGUUAUAAGGUUGAUAUCUGCAGUGUUUCGGCUGUGUGAAGUGGAGAAGCAGGCCAUCAGUGCCAAGCUGAGCGAGGCCCUCAGUCCACAGGUGGGCAGCUCUGUCAUGUGUUUCCUCUGGAGGUGGUGCCGUGCCUACCUGCUGCCCGAUGAAACCUACUACACAAAUAUAAGCCCCGCAAUUUCUGCCUCCUUUGGGAGGGACACAGACGGUGCUCAGUGGACCGUAUCAUUUUUACUGGACAAGAUUAUCUCCAACUUGGCUCUGUGGACAUCAGAGAUAAGCCUUUUAGAGGACACGCUUCAGUUACUGGUGUCCCUCGUAGAUCAGCGACCAAAAGCUAUUUUCCUGACAAAGAGUGACCUGCUCUGGAAUAUUGCCAAACAAGAAUCCAAUCAUCAGCCUCCUCUCAGUCUGCUGCCAUCCAAACCCAGGCGCAGUUUGUUAAAAGCUUUGGUAUUGGCUGGAUCUGGGGUAGAGGAUAAUCUCAAAGAAAACUACUGGAAUUGUGUUUUGAAGUCCCUCCACGACAGAUUUCACCACAUCGUUUCUCAGGAGAAUUUCCCUCGAGUGGCCCAGCUCGUAGGAAUAAAGACAGCACUGAUCACUAUAUUGGAGUCUCUCUGUGGGGUCGCCGAGGGGACUCGCAUCGAUAACCUACAACGACUGUUCAGUUUCUUCCUUCCCAUUUUACAGGACUGUGUGAGAUUACUAGAUGUUUACCAUAACUGUGAGGACGUGGUGCCUUUGAUAAUUGAGUUGAUCAACGAAGUGGUACAGAAACAGCUGUGUUACCUAGGGGAGGCCAACUCCAGGAAACUGUACGAACUGUGUUUGUCGGCCAUACAGAUGUACUCCAAGCACAAUUUGGGUCGUCGGACUGUGGGUGAUGAUGAGGAGGAGGAGAGGUACAAUGACAUUCUGCUGAUGAUGGAACUCCUGACCAACCUCCUGUCUAAGGACUUCAUGGACUUCAGUGACCCAGCAGAGGAAGUGUUCCCGGAGAAUGGAGGACAGGUGUCCGCCUCGGACGUUGUGCUGUUCGGACUGAACACCAUCAUCCCACUGAUGAACGAAGAACUGCUCACGUUUCCCACCCUGUGUGCCCAGUACUUUAAGCUGGUCACAUUCCUUGCUGAGAUCCACGCGGAGAAAUUCUCCUCCCUCCCGGAGAACCUGUUGAACAGUCUGAUGGCCUCAGUGGAGCUCGGCUUGUCCAGAUUUGGAACAGACAUCAGCAGGAUGAGUCUAGAGAUCAUCACUUCUUUAGCUUCCCAUGUGUUUCAAUCCAACCAAUCAGGAACCAUCUUACACUCUCACAUGGCUAACUUUCUUAAGCAAGUGUUCAACAUGCUGCUCUUGGAGACUUUUAACAUGGAGCUGUUGGAGGUGUCCAGUGCAGCCCUGUUCUGUCUGAUCUGUUGUCAUCAGGACGGGUACCGCGACCUAGUUAACCAGCUGCUGCAGCACCAGACGGACCCGAUGUACCGACAGCGCCUCCUGGAGGCGUUCAACAACCUGACACCACCCUCACUCAACAUGGCCAUCAACCGAGUCAGUAAAAUCGCCUUCAUGAACAACUUUGGCAACUUUCUCAUCAAUGUCAGGGGUUUUCUGUGUGUUAAAUGACAAUGCAACAAAAUGCUGCAGUUUUCGUUGCGUGUAUCUCCUGUGGAAAUUUCAUUGUAAAGUGCGAUGGAAGAUGGAUUCGAGUUACUUUGGUGAUGGAGGCAUUUGGACAGCUUAGAGAUGCAGGAGAAAUAAACAACCAAGCACCCUGGUGAUGACUGGUUUACAUUGCUUGUGGCAUUCCAAUUUUUAUUUGACUGCAUGUGGUCUUCAAGUUAUACACCUUCAUACAAAAGUAUUGGCCUUACCAUAUACAGUUGCCCUUUUAAUCAGAAGUUUUAUUCAUUUUUUUUUUACUGCUCUUUUUUAUUUUUUGGAGGUUCCAUUUUUAUCUCUGUACAAUUGUGUUGUGAUUUUGAUAAAACCCAUGACAGGAAGUCAAUUUUUUUGGUAAUUUUGUUUUCAUUUUCGUUUAUUUUACACACAGACUGAGGUAAAUGGAUCAAUUAUGGCACACAUACUAAUAGUCAUUUGUACAUGUUGAAAGCAAUUUUGCAGAUUUGUAAAUAAAAAAUGAAUACUGUAUACAGGGUUAUUUUCAACCCGUGUAUUUUUCGCCUUUCUACACCUGCAAACAGUUUUGCCAUGUCUUGAAUUUACUUAGACACAGCUGUGUUUAAAUAUAGAUUAUUUGAGUUUGCCAAGUCUUAAAUUCACUCACUGACAUUGAGGACGAAAAUAAAACAGGGGCAAAUAUUUCCCUGUUUACAGUUCAUAAGUUUUCUUCACAAUUAUAUUCUUUUGUCACAAGUGGUGCAGCAGAAUGUAUUUUUGCAAUCAUUGAGUGUUCAAAUACUUUGAGGGGAAGUGCACUUUAAAUGGCAAUAAUCACCUAGCAAUGUUUCUGUUUAGACACAUGUAAAAUGAGAAUACUAUGUUAUUUAUGAUCUUAUUUACUCACUGUUUUACCUAUACCCCAGGUCUUCAAGUUCAGUUUAUAGGUCAUCUAAUCUGUUUUGUCUGGAUACGUGUUCUGAUAUUUAGGUUACAAUUAUGAUAUAUAUCAUUAUUUAUGUUUAUAUCCAAUAAUAUCCACAACACUGAAUGGAAAGACUGGUCACAGAGUAUCUUGCUUGACAGUUUACUGUGCUUUUACAAUUACUGUUAAUGAGAGCGCCUGCUCUGUAUAGUUUUGCAUGGAGAUCAAAAUAAAUAACCUAUCCUAUUGAA